AUGAGUAUUAAUAAUAAUAACAAUAGAUAUUAUGGAAAUAAUGGAAAUGGAAACAGCAAUAAUAAUAAUAAUAAUAAUAAAAGAAGAGAUCAUUUAAAUCAUUUAGAUGUAUUAUUAAAUAAUAAUAAUAAUAAUAACAAUAGUAAUAUUGUUAAUAAUAAUAAUGAGUUUGAUUUUCAACAACAUCAUAAUACUCAUUCAACAGCAACAAUGCAACAACAAUAUAACCAACAACAGCAACAACAACAAUCUUCAUUUUAUUCACCAUUGUCAAUAAGUGGCAAUGGAGGUUCAAGUCAAUCUUCUGUUUUAUCACCUUUAAUUAUACAUCAGCAGCAACAGCAACAACAACAGCAGCAACAACAAAAUAAUACAAAAUCUGGAAAUAUAGUUGGUUCCAAUUCUCAAUCUUCUUCACUUUCUAUAACACCUUUAUCGAUGGGAUCACCUCUUUCCAAUGGAAAUGGAAGUGUCGGUACCAGUGGAAGCAGUUCAGCUGGUAAACUACAUACACUCUCACCACCCUAUCGAUUUUCAUCGUCAUCCUCUAUCAUUUUACCGCCAAUUUCUUCGUCACCUGGCCACCAUCAGUUAAGUCCACUUGGUGGCGUUGGCGUAGGAAUCAAUAGUAGCAGCAAUAGCGGCAACAACUCCAGUGGCGCGAACAAUAGCAGCAGCAACAGUAACAACAACAUAGGAUCACCUUCACAACAGCUAAGACAACAGCAACAGAUACACAUAAUGCAACAGCAGCAGCAACAGCAACAGCAGCAACAACAACAGUUUAACUACGACUUUAAUACAACCUCAGACACAUCUCUAGGCUCGUCAUUCCUAGAGCCAAGAUCACCGGCAUCGCAAAUGAAUGCAUCGCCAAUACACUUUAACGAUCCACCACCUUUUAAGAUACCAAUACAACUACCUCUUAUUGCUUCACCCUCUCAAACAUCGACUUCGCCUGACCAUAAUCAUAGCCAUCACCAUAAUGGUGGUCACAGUCAUGCUCACCAUAGUAAUCAUCAUGGACAUCACCACAACCAAAAUCAAAUGCACUAUCCUCUCUAUAGCAGUGGAAACAGUAGUAACAAAGCAUCGCCAACAAGACAUACUUAUUAUCCUCAACUAAACCAACAACAACAGCAGCAGCAAAGUGAAAACAACAAUAGUUUAAUUAAUCAUAAUCAUAGUAGUAGUCUUGGUUCAACUUUUCAUCCAAAUGUAUAUCUAUCACCACCUUCUUCAUCUUCUUCCUCAAGUAAUAACAAUAAUAACAAUAAUAAUAAUAACCAUGUAAACAUUAACUUAAACCAACCGAUUUCACCUCAAUCCUCAUAUUUGUACAAUCAUACAUCCUCAACAUCAUCAUCCACUAGUAAUAACAAUAACAGCAACAUCAUUAACAACAACAACAACAACAACAACAAUAGUAACAUUAUCAAUAGCAAUAAUAACACACCAAUAUCAAGAACAAAACAACAAACAAUCGAUUCUAUAACCUGGUUAGAUAGUAGUAGUAGUAAUAAUAAUAGUAAAUCAAACAACAAUAAUAACAACAGUAAUAAUAUAGAUUCUGUAUUAAAUUUUGUAGACAACACAGCAUACUUUUCAAAUAAACAUAAUAACAUUCAAUUUAUAUCGAAUAACUCAAUAUCGACUACUGGUAAUGGUAGCACUGCAACGACUACAACCGGUGGCAGAAAGAAGCAGAACGUCAAUGGUAGUGGCAGGCAAGUAUCAACGCCACCCAUGAAAUCAUCGAAUUCCGUUGCCGGUAGCAUUCCAGGCACUGUUGCCGGCAUGGUCAGUCUGCAGCGCGCCAACAACGUCUACAACACCUACUUUGAUAUCAGCCAGCUUGCAAACAGUCCGUCGGAAUACUCGGAACAAGAGUAUCCAGAGAUCAAAGGUCGAUUCCGGAUCCUCGAGAAAAUCGGUCAGGGAACGUUCAGUGGCGUCUACAAGUCGGUGUGCAUUCAGGGACCAGACACAGGUCUGGUUGUUGCACUGAAGCGUGUCGCGCCAACAUCGUCCCCAACACGUAUUCUCAAUGAGAUAACGUCGUUGCUUCGUGUGGGCGGCUCGUCUUAUGUCUCCAAGCUGAUGGGUGCAAUGCGAUACAUGGAUCAAGUCACUCUGAUUCUGCCCUACUUUGAGCACGACUCCUUCAAAGACUACUUCUUCAAAAUAACACCCACCGAACUACGUCACUAUCUAUUCGCGCUUUUCACAGCAUUGGAACAUGUACAUUCCCAUAACAUCUGUCAUCGCGACGUCAAACCAACCAACUUUUUAUACAACCAACAAAAGAACCUAUUCAUGCUAAUUGACUUUGGACUGGCACAAGAAAUGCCACCUGAAACAGAUGAAAGAAAGAAAAGACCAAGAGAAGAUUCAAGAUCAAAGUCAAAAGCUAAUGAACCAAAACAACAGGCACCAAGAGCUGGAACAAGAGGUUUCAGAGCACCGGAAGUCUUGUUAAAGUAUAAUAAGCAAACUACUUCUAUCGAUAUUUGGUCGGUCGGUGUCAUUUUGAUGUGUGUACUGUCGGGUCGCUAUCCGUUUUUCAUCUCACCCGAUGAUAUCACUAGUUUGGCAGAGAUCGUUGCUAUCAUUGGUACGAAAAAGAUUACGGAGCUCGCUCAUAUGCUCGACAAGCAGAUCACCAUCUCUGAGACCAUCGAGCCGACAAGCUGGAAGAGUUUGGCACACCGACUGCGUGACGAAAGCGGUCAGGUCAAAGAAACAAUGCCACCAGAGGCAUACGAUCUGCUCGAGAGGUGUCUCGAUCCGAAUCCAUUCACCAGAAUCACCGCCAAAGAUGCACUAAGCCAUCCAUUCCUUCAAGCAAUUCAUCAACAUCAACAUCAUCAUAAUCAUUCUCAUCCUCCACAUUAA